GUAACGUGACGUUGCACGCCCGGGAGGACACCAACUAACGUGAGCGGCAGGUUUAUAAAGAUGAAGACGUUGGCGGCGCAAGCAGUGAGGAAGUGUCUUGGGCGGAUGUUUUAGGAACUUACACGUCUUUUUAAUCGUUUGAACCUAAACCAACAUGGAAAACGGUCACGUGGAAAUCUACGACCCCAUCUGCAGCAGCGCAAACCAUGACCCCACAUGUACCUCAGAGACAGAGGACAUGGUGGGCACGGUGGAGUUCAGAAUUAUGAUGGCCUAUGCAACGAGGAGACGGCCAAAAAAAGACGUUGCAUUAUCGACACAGGACAGUCCAAUAACACUAAACGGUGGCACAGAUACAAAUGAAGCACGUUUACCUGAAAAAGGGGGGGAGGAGGAGGAGGAGAAGAAGAAGAAGAAGAAGGUGAUGAAGGGAUGGAAAAAACGUCUGCCAAGCAUUUUGAGAUGUAUCAAACCUCAGACUGUAGACGAAAAACCUCCCCAGACUGCUGUGAACGCACCUAUUGAUGAUGAUGACAACAGAUUAUUUGUACCAAAUAAAGAAGUAGUAAAAACAGAAGAAAAGGAUCAGUUUGAAGAGGUAGCAAGCAGACUGACGGAGAUUGCUGAUGAAGUCCCGUUCAUCCGUCCAGAGAUAGAGAGUGACCAUGAAGUUCUGGAGUCACAAGCUGAUGUGGAGAAGGUGAUCGGCCUGCUGCUGAGGGACGCUGGAGACAAACUGAACCAGGAGGAGCUCAACAAGUCCCUUAGAGCCUGUGAGAUUUUUUGGAACUACAGUUUCUAUAAGAUGGUAAUAAGAACCCUUCUCGAGAGGAUGGGACUCCUGAGCCCUCACCCCGAGAGUCUGGGGCCACAAGCAUCACCCAAAACCCAGAUUGCCGUGACCUGUGAGGUCACCAGUCGUCUCUCAGCGGUGGACACGCUGCCCGUGAACCGAAUGCUUGGCCAUGGAGCUAGAUAUCUGCAGGAGAAUUAUUCAUCCUGGGUACAGCAGCAGGGCGGCUAUGAGGAAGCCUUUUACAGUGAAGAUGAGGACGACAGCCAGUGAACAGAAGUUUUUACAGCUCAACAGCGCCCCCUGAAGGGGAAACCUGACACUGUCCCCAUCAUGGACACCUAACUACGUGAACCGUUCCUGCAGUUUGACUUGAAGAGGAGAGCUUUAGGAUCCCUCCAUUGUCGUAGCAUCUCGUCUUAGAAGUCAUUAUUAUUAGUGUUUUGGGUGCUCUUGUUAUAUUGACUAAAGAAGACUCGGAACACAGAUCUUAAUGUUUUAUUUUGAUUAUAAAACCCAGAUCGGUGAGCAUUACCAUAUCUUGCAGCUGCAUGCAUUAGAAAAAUACUAAAUCAGGUCUUCUGUACUGCAGAUUUUGUGCCAUUUAUAACGGUUUUUUUUAUGCAGUUAAUGUUAUUUUGUAAAUAUUAUAACUUUUAGUUUUCUUGUUUUCUCAGGGACAUGUUGGGUAGAUGUAUAAAUUUUUUAAAUCUGCAGUAUUUGUGCUGUAGUUUUGGUAGACAAUUUUCACAUGACAUUUUUAAGCACUUGCACUUUUUCACGAAAAUGAACAAUAUUUAGCUUGAGCGUUUCUGAGGGAUACGUCUUUAAUUGUUGCUGGUGGUGUUUUAUGCAUCCGUUUAAAAAAACAAAACAAAAAAAACAACUUUUCUAACCAUGCUAACUUUGCCAAAGAAAUCUUGUGUACCAUAUGAAUUUCUUCAUUUUGCUACACAUUAAUGAGUGUGUGACUAAAAAAUAAGAUGUAUUUAAUGUCUCACCUGAGUUCACGUCAUGUGGUCCUUGCUCCAGUGAUGUAUUGUUUUAUAUUUUGUCACUGCAGCAGAGAGAAAUAAAGAAAAGUGGUCAAGUGAA